CCCUGAUUCGUUGUGCAUGUAUCACGUGAUAAUGGCCAAGUGCCCUUUUCCCGGAAGAAAUCCAUAAGAAAUCAUCUGGCUCUACAAGUGAUGUAUGCAGACUGCAACUCUCCAGGACUCAGGAAACUAUUUCCGAGCUUGCUAGCAGUGAAUGCAACAUGGAGAACGAAGAACAGGCUAUAGCGGCCUUGCUGUCUUCGGUAGCAUCUCUAGCUCAGGUAUAUUCUGAUUUUUGCAAUGUUACACAGACGUACUUACGCAGGAGGCGUGCUAUCAUUGAAGCCAUCGUGUGCAGCGAUAGUGCAGACCUGCGUCGUCGUCGACCGUACACGCAGCGCCGAUUUUGGGUGAGGCCGGGAAGAACCAGUGCUUGGUGGGACAAUUUUGUGAAUGAUGCUGUGAUUGCGGAACAAUGGCGCGACAACUUUCAAAUGUCCAGAUCGGCCAUGAUUAUGCUGAGCGAAAAAUUACGUACGCAUGUGGAAGGAACACAAACCACAAUGAGAGCGCCCGUUGAUGUACUCAAAAAGGUGGCAUGCACGCUGUACUACCUACGUGACGAUGGGAGGCUUCGGGAAACUGCCAACGCAUUUGGACUUUCACGACAAUGUGUUUCAGUUGUCAUCCGGCAAGUCUGUAAGGCUAUCACAACCUUCCUGGGUCCCGAGUAUAUCGACACACCGAAAACGGAAGCCGAGGUGCAAGAGCUUGUCGUCAACUUCAACAAAACACACGGUAUGCCACAGUGCUUGGGCGCAAUUGACUGCACUCACAUCGAGGUAAAAUUAUCCAGGAUUAACUCCAGAGACUACAUAAACAGCCAGGGAAAGGUCUCUUUGAAUGUGCAAGCGACGUGUGACUAUAAAUACUGCUUCAUGGACGUUGUGGUGAAAUGGCCAGGUGGUACGCAAGACGGGCACAUAUUUGCCAACUCAAAGCUGUGCAGGGACCUGAAAGAUGGGACAAUACCCUCCUGUCCGAAAGAGUUGGUGGAGGGUGAGGAUGCAGUCCCUGUGUUCCUUCUGGGUGACCCAGCGUAUACCCUGAUGCCGAACCUCAUGACCGAAUACCCCAAUGGUGGAGUCACCCCUCAAGAGCAGCAUUAUGGACAGGCACAUAUCAAGGCACACAAGAAAGAACCUGUGAACGAGCACAGCUUGAAUGAUGCUCUCAAGUAUGACCGAGAUGUCCAGCCACCAACUAGGCCUACAGUUCUGCAACAGAACGCAGAUGAUGACGAAAUCGAGGGGAAACGAGUGAGAAAUGUUUUGACACAAUUUCUGGACCUGUAAGGUGCAAAUCAUCGUUGUGUGUCAUUGUACUACUUUUUUUUUUUUACCUCAUCGUGAAUUCCCUCAUCGAUUUAAUAAACUGUUUAUCAUUCACAUAA